AAGAAAGGGGUCAACGAAGAAGAGCGUUUCCUUCUCACGCCGGAAGUUUUGAUGUUAUGGUACAUGACAUUUAGCUGCAUGAUAAAAAGUGGUUUAAUGCGGUGGAAAAGAAAAUUACAUAAUUCGUAAACAUCCCAGGAUACGCAACAAUAUAGGGGAGACAGUGUCUUCUUGUAUUUCAUGCAAGUUUUCACAUUCUCGCCGAUUCUUGAGUCAACGUGGAUGUGUUCAAGUGCAACUUAAGUUAGCAGUGCGGUGCUAACAGGCUAAUGCUUGUUGCCACGGACCAGUCUGGAGAGUCCGAGAAAGUUCUGGACAUAACGGAUACUAGAUGGAGACGAGAGCCUCAGAAUGAGCUCCACGGACAGCACACCCGUUUCGGAGAGACCGGACGGUGGAGACAUGAGUGACGGAAGUGAAGACAGCAAACAGGGGACAGUGGUGGUGAAGAGUCGUGCUGUGGUGAAGUACUCUGCGGCGCCCCCUGCGUGCUCGUAUGCCGUACUGCAGGAGCAGACGGACCUGAAGCUGCCUCCGGCCAACUGGCUCAGGGAGAGUCAGCUAGGACCUGCUGGAACUUCUGUGCUUGGGACCAGCAGCAAGACCAAACCCUUCUCUAGCUUCGGGAUGGCCUAUGACUUCAUUGACUGCAUUGGAGAUGAUGUAGAUGUGGUGUCUGAUUCUGAGACAGGAGACUGGACGUGGCUAAAGGAGUUCUACCAGCGGCUGAUUGACCAGAAGUGGCAGCGCAAGAAGAAGAGCAAAGAACACUGGUACCAGAAGGCCAUCCUCUCCAAGUUCCUCUACUACAGUAUAAAUGGUGAUGGCGCCGCAGAGCCUGUGUCGGCGGAGGCUGAGGAGGACGAGGAGGAUUGUGGGAGGGUAGAGGACUGUGGCCUCUCCUGGCCAGCCACCUUCAACAGCUCCGCCUCCCACUGCGAAGACCACGCCCCUUCCGAAGAGGAGGGAUUGGGCUGCUCUUUUGCUUUGGCUGAUGUGGCAUUGGCGAGUGAUGUGGCUUCAAUACCCAAAGAACAGAAUCUCCCCACACUCUUUGAUGAAGGAGAGAGCAGUCAGGGCUUGAGGAAUGACUUUGUGCGGAACAUCAUGUGGACGUUUGAGGACAUUCACAUGCUGGUGGGCUCCAACAUGCCCAUAUUUGGAGGGGGGCGGUACCCAGCUGUCAGCCUAAGACUCAGGGACAACAACAAGCCCAUCAACAUUCUGACCGGCAUGGACUACUGGCUAGACAACCUCAUGUGCAACGUUCCCGAGCUGGUCAUGUGUUUCCAUGUCAAUGGCAUUGUCCAGAAAUAUGAGAUGAUUAAGACGGAGGAUAUUCCUGACCUGGAGAACUCCACCUUCUCAACGCGUGUGGUCAAGGACAUCGCCCAGAACAUCUUGUCCUUCCUCAAGUCCAACUGCACCAAGGAAGGACACACCUACUGGCUCUUCAAAGCCAGCGGAAGUGACAUCGUGAAGCUCUAUGACCUCACAACCCUAUGCGAGGAGGCAACAGAAGAGAAGUGCCAGAAUCCCUUCACCCUGCCUGUGGCAGUCUUGCUCUACAAGGUUGCCAGUAAUAUGAUGCUGAAGAAUCAGAACAGGAAGUAUUAUGGCACCAUCAGGACUCUGUUGCUGAACUGUGUUAAACUCCUGGAUGAAGAGAGACACCCUCAGAUGAUGGCGUCGGCCCAGUACAUGCUGGCUGAGCUGUUCCAGCUGGAUGAGGAGAGCAUGACCUGUGAGGAGGGGGGAGGCGGCUCCGAGGACAGCUACAGUAGUGAUGAAGACGAGGAGGAGGAGGAGGAGGAGGAGGAGGAGGAAGAUGGCGUGGGGCUGCAGGAUGACAGUAAGGCCAUCGCAAUCAUCAAGAGUGUGGGAGAGCUGUCGGUGCCCGAGAAAUACACCUCCACCAAUCACACGCGAUCAAGUGGUGUGUUGCCCGUGUCUCAGGACAAAGAGGAGCGGUGCCGACAUGUGCUAAACUAUGUACUCAAGGGGCUGAAGGCGGUGGAUAGCAGUAUAAAGCGCGAGACUGAGCUGCCGUCAGCUGAUCCACACACUCCCAUCCCUCUGAAGUACGAACAGGCUGCCACCACUGGAGCCGUGCAGACUCACAUCAGCUUGCUGCUGGACCCAGGUGGCGCUGGAGAGGAGGGGAAGCGGGUGACUCGCUCUGGAAUGGUCUCUGGCUCCUGGCAGCACCGGCUGAAGCUGCAGCUCUUCCUCAAGGCCUCCAAAGCCUUCUACGUGCUGGCCGACGCCGCUAACAACCUGCUCAAAUACGGACGAGCGCUCCGCUACAUAAAACUCGCCCUGCAGUGCCAUGAUGCGUACUGCUCCAUCAGCAGUGGUCUGUCUCCGCGGGUGUUGCUGUUCCACAGUCAGUGCCUGUGUCUGUGUGGGGACGUGCAGCUCAUGUUGGCCCAGAACGCCUCUAACCGGGCCGCCUACCUGGAGGAGUAUCAGUACCAGACUCAGGACCAUCAGGAACUCCUCCACUGCCUGCACCGCGAGAGCAGCUGCCAAGCAUUUUCUGUAGCAACUGACCUGAGUGGAGAUUGUGAGUACCAGCUCUUCGUCAGCUGUAAGUGUUAUGAGGCAGCUCAUGACCUUUUGACCUCUGAGCCGCUGAUGUCGGGGACCUUGGCCGAGGUUGCUGAGCAACAGGGGACACACACGCGCAAACGCCUUGGAAACAUCCGCAAUGAGCUCGGAGUCUUCUAUAUGAACCAGGCCGCCACCCUGCAGAGUGAGAAGGAGGCGCGGCGUGGUGUGUGUGCGGCGGAGCAGGAGCUGUGGAGGCGGAGCUUCUCGUGCUUUGAGAAGGGCCUGCUGGACUUCCAGGCCAUCUGUGACCUCACCAACACCACUCUGCUGCAAUGCAACAUGGGACGCCUGAUGCGCAUCUGUGCCCAGGCCCACAGCCAAUCAGAGCAGCCCGGCCACGGCGAGUUCUCACCCGAGGAGGCGCUCUACUACAACAAGGCUGUGGACUACUACACUCGUGCAUUAUCAGUGUUGGGCAGUAGGGGGAGCCAUGCUGCAGUGUGGGACUCGGUCAACUGGGAGCUUUCUACCACCUACUUCACCCUGGCUACCUUACUGCAGGACCACGCCCCGCUGUCCAGGAAAGCUCAGGAACAGGUGGAGAAGGAGGUAACUGAGGCCAUGCUGAAGUCUCUGCGUUACUGUGACCUUGAUACUCCAUCUCCUCGGCAACCUCUCUACCAGUACCGAGCAGCAACCAUCCACCACAGACUGGCUUCAAUGUACCAUAGCUGCUACCGCAACCAGGUGGGGAGUGAGGGGCUGCGUAAGCAGCAUCGUUCGCAGGCGGAGCUUCAUUACAGCCGGGCGUCGGCUCUCUUCCUCAGCCUUAGCCACACCCCCUGUGAGCUGCUGCGGACGUUAUUGGAGAGAGUGGCCUUCAUCCAGUUCACCACUUCAGCCCAGAGCAGUGCUGCUGUGAAGCUGAAGACUCUUACAGGAGCUCUAGAAGUCAUGUGUGACACACGCCACGCCUUCAACCGCAUACAAAAGGAGCUGCAGGAUGCGCCAUUAGAGGAUUCCACAGGUUCAGCCGAUGGUGACGAUGACUCCUCAGGUCUAAACAAAGAGGAAGUGAUGCGUUUGAUUGGCGUCUUUGAGCCAAGCCUUUCCUUCCUGCUACUGCAACUCAUCAAAUUGAGCAGCAAACGCAAAAGCAGUGGGCAGGAAGACGAGAGUGUGUGUGUGUACAGGCAGGUUUACUCGUCUCUUCUUCGGGCAGAGAAGGAGGCCCCGUUGGUGGAGCGUAUCGCCCUCUAUCUGCAGCUGCUGGAACAGCUCCCAGGAAACACACACACACCACAGAGUGACACACACUCAGUAACUUAAACACACACACACACACACACACACACACACACACACACACACACACACACACACACACACGGGGUCACCAUCAAAUACACACCACACAGUCACUAAUACACACUUACACACACCACAGAGUGACAUCCAUGCAUACGCUCAGUACAGUGACACACACACACACACAUACACACACACACACACACACACGCUUACACAGAUGUUCUCAGGGAAGCUGCUGGCUGGGGUUGCCCCGGCUCUGUUCUCUGACUGACUUCACCAGUGUUGCCUUACCCUGACCCCUGACCCAUGACUCUCUGACCCCCACCCCCGGGAUCACCUGCAGGAGCAUCCCUCCUGUCUACCAGUAGGGGGCGUGUCUGCUUUUAAUUUCCACCUCUGUGGAGAACCGUGUGAAUGAAGCUUUACGUUUGGAUCUGUGCAAUAGACUGAUGUGAAGAAACUCAUAAUAAACACAAUGUGUUAUUUUUA